CGCCAAAGGCAGCAUCCAAGUUACGACACCCAUCUCCAUAUCCCAUCUUCAAACGAACCCUGCCGCUGUUCUGCCCGCCACCUUUUCCCCCUUCUUGUAUCCCCGUGCAUCUAUUUCCGUGAAACCGCAGAGAAACAUACUUCACUUAACGACUCACGGAAGACAUUCCCACCAUGCCUGCCACAACAGCAGAAACCCUAUCUCUCGUCACCCGCAACGUCACCGUCGCCCCUCUCGUCCUCCUCUCAGUUGUCGACCACUACAACCGCACCGUCUUUAAGGGCUCCAAGCGCCGAGUGGUUGGCGUGCUACUAGGCCAGAACGAUGGAACAAAUGUGCGCGUAUCCAACAGUUUCGCAGUCCCGUUCGAGGAAGAUGAGAAGGACCCAUCGGUGUGGUUUAUCGAUCACAACUACGUCGAAAACAUGAACGACAUGUUCAAGAAGGUCAAUGCGAAGGAGAAGCUGAUCGGCUGGUACCACUCCGGACCGAAGCUACGGGCGUCAGAUUUGGAAAUCAACGAUCUGUUCAAGCGAUACACCCCCAACCCGCUGCUGGUCAUUAUCGACGUCCAGCCCAAGGAGGCUGGUGUGCCGACAGAUGCUUAUUUUGCCGUGGACGAAAUCAAAGACGAUGGUACAGCCACAUCGAGGACGUUCGUACACACCCCUUCCAUCAUCGAAGCCGAAGAAGCUGAAGAAAUCGGCGUGGAACACUUGCUCCGCGACAUCCGCGACGUCGCCGUCGGUACCCUCUCCACCAGGAUAACGAAUCAACUCCAGUCGCUUCAAGGGUUACACCUCCGUCUGCGCGACAUCGGCACUUAUCUCCAGCGCGUGCUUGACGGAGAACUCCCCGUCAACCACGCGAUUCUCGGCAAUCUGCAGGACGUCUUCAAUCUCCUACCCAACCUGACAACACUCAAGGGAAGCGCCGACACCUCCAAGCCUGCGGGCAGCGAGCUUGCGCAUGCCAUGAGUGUCAAGACCAACGACCAGCUUAUGACCAUCUACCUCAGCAGCCUGAUCCGGGCCAUCACUGCCUACCACGACCUGAUUGAGAACAAGAUCCAGAACCGGCAGCAACAGGAAGAGAACGAAGCGAAGAAGGAGGAACUUGCUAAUGGCAGUAAGGAUGAGAAGAAGGAUGGUGCCUCUAGUACAGCGAAUGGCGACGGCAAGGAGAGUUCUGACAAGGACAAGGAAGCCAAGGAGAAGAGGAAAUAGAAUGCCUCGGACACAGACUUUGGACGAGAGGAAAAGAAAAGGAGGCAAAAAGGAAAAAAAAACCCUGCCGAGAACGAGAUGUGGCGUGGCCAGAGGGGGGGGGGGG